CGUAUGCAAAUACGCAUGCUGACGUUACAGAUCAUGUGGGUUUUGGCGUAGAUUCCCCACUGAUCGAGGCAUUUUUUUCCCCUUUUUUUUCCUUUUUUUUUUUUUCUUUUAAAAAUUUUGGCCAUCGUUCUCCGUACGGGGGCUUUUUCUGUCUGUCUGGCUGGCUGGCAGGCUGGCUUUCCCCCUCUUUCCCACGGAGCCCGAGCCGGGCGCCCGGUGGGGAGUGGGGAGUGGGUGGGGGGAGCCAGCAGAGUUCCAUUUUGGAACGCCCGUGCCGCGUCUCCGCGUUCCCAGCCCGGCUCCCCGCGUUCCCAGCCCCGGCGCAGGUCUGGAUGCACCGACUGCUCUUGGAGUAAAAAGAUUCCCAGGAUGUGAGCCACACGGGACUGAUACAAUGUUUCCUGAUAUGUUUAGUGUUUGGUGCCAUUGCAAUUUUCUGUGCUGAAAUCAUUCUGAAAACUCAAACAGUAGACUUCAGCAUCCAAGGAAAGCCAAAGCCAUUUGAGGGGGCAUAAAGCCAAAAGCCUUUCAUCUUAUUUGUUCCAAGAAUCUCACUGACCCCCUCCACUCCCCUCCAAAAAUAAGCCGUUGCACCCAGACAGGCAGCAUGGCUAGCAAACGGAAAUCUACAACUCCAUGCAUGGUUCGGACAUCACAAGUAGUAGAACAAGAUGUGCCCGAGGAGGUAGACAGGGCCAAAGAAAAAGGAAUCAGCACACCACAGCCUGACGUGGCCAAGGACAGUUGGGCAGCAGAACUUGAAAACUCUUCCAAAGAAAAUGAAGUGAUAGAGGUGAAAUCUACAGGGGAGAGCCAGUCCAAAAAACUCCAAGGUGGUUACGAGUGCAAAUACUGCCCCUACUCCACGCAAAACCUGAACGAGUUCACAGAGCAUGUCGACAUGCAGCAUCCCAACGUGAUUCUCAACCCCCUCUACGUGUGUGCAGAAUGUAACUUCACAACCAAAAAGUACGACUCCCUGUCUGACCACAACUCCAAGUUCCAUCCUGGGGAGGCCAACUUCAAACUGAAGUUAAUUAAACGCAAUAAUCAGACUGUCUUGGAACAGUCCAUUGAAGCCACCAACCAUGUCGUGUCCAUCACCACCAGCGGCCCUGGAACUGGUGACGGUGAUCCUGGGAUCUCGGUGAGUAAAACUCCCAUCAUGAAGCCCGGGAAACCGAAAGUGGAUGCCAAGAAGGUGCCCAAGAAGCCCGAGGAGAUGACACCCGAAAACCAUGUGGAAGGGACCGCCCGCCUGGUGACAGACACAGCUGAGAUCCUCUCGAGACUCGGAAGCGUGGAGCUCCUCCAAGACACAUUAGGACACGUCAUGCCUUCUGUACAGCUGCCACCAAAUAUCAACCUUGUGCCCAAGGUCCCCGUCCCACUAAAUACUACCAAAUACAACUCUGCCCUGGAUACAAAUGCCACGAUGAUCAACUCCUUCAACAAGUUUCCUUAUCCCACCCAGGCGGAGUUGUCCUGGCUGACAGCUGCCUCCAAACACCCAGAGGAGCACAUCAGAAUCUGGUUUGCCACCCAGCGCUUAAAGCAUGGCAUCAGCUGGUCCCCAGAAGAGGUGGAGGAGGCCCGGAAGAAGAUGUUCAAUGGCACCAUCCAGUCAGUACCUCCGACUAUCACUGUGCUGCCCGCCCAGUUGGCCCCCACAAAGGUAACGCAGCCCAUCCUCCAGACGGCUCUACCUUGCCAGAUCCUCGGCCAGACUAGCCUGGUGCUGACUCAGGUGACCAGCGGGUCAACAACCGUCUCUUGCUCCCCCAUCACGCUUGCCGUGGCAGGAGUCACCAACCACGGCCAGAAGAGACCCUUGGUGACUCCCCAAGCUGCCCCGGAACCCAAGCGUCCACACAUCGCUCAGGUGCCAGAGCCCCCACCCAAGGUGGCCAACCCCCCGCUCACUCCAGCCAGUGACCGCAAGAAGACAAAGGAGCAGAUAGCACAUCUCAAGGCCAGCUUUCUCCAGAGCCAGUUCCCUGAUGAUGCUGAGGUUUACCGGCUCAUUGAGGUGACCGGCCUUGCCAGGAGCGAGAUCAAGAAGUGGUUCAGUGACCACCGAUAUCGGUGUCAAAGGGGCAUCGUCCACAUCACCAGCGAAUCCCUUGCCAAAGACCAGUUGGCCAUCGCAGCCUCCCGACACGGUCGCACGUACCAUCCGUACCCAGACUUUGCCCCCCAGAAAUUCAAAGAGAAAACACAGGGUCAGGUUAAAAUCUUGGAAGACAGCUUUUUGAAAAGUUCUUUUCCUACCCAAGCAGAACUGGAUCGGCUAAGGGUGGAGACCAAGCUGAGCAGGAGAGAGAUCGACUCCUGGUUCUCCGAGAGGCGGAAGCUUCGAGACAGCAUGGAACAAGCUGUCUUGGAUUCCAUGGGGUCUGGCAAAAAAGGCCAAGAUGUGGGUGCCCCCAACGGUGCCCUGCCUCGACUUGACCAGCUCUCCGGUGCCCAGUUAACCAGUUCUCUGCCCAGCGCUUCGCCAGCAAUUGCAAAAAAUCAAGAACAGGUUCAUCUCCUGAGGAGCACAUUUGCAAGAACCCAGUGGCCUACUCCCCAGGAGUACGACCAGUUAGCGGCCAAGACAGGCCUGGUCCGGACUGAGAUUGUGCGUUGGUUCAAGGAGAACAGAUGCUUGCUGAAAAUGGGAACGGUGAAGUGGAUGGAGCAGUACCAGCACCAGCCCGUGGCUGAUGAUCACGGCUAUGAUGCCGCGGCAAGGAAAACAACAAAACCCAUCGCCGAGAGCCCAAAGAAUGGGAGUGAUGUGGUUCCGCAAUAUUACAAGGACCCCAAAAAGCUCUGCGAAGAGGACUUGGAGAAGUUGGUGCCCAGGGUAAAAGUAGGCAGUGAGCCAGCAAAAGACGGUUUGCCAGCGAAGCCCUCAGAGGCCACCUCAGACCGGUCAGAGGGCAGCAGCCGGGACGGCCAGGGCAGCGACGAGAACGAGGAGUCAAGUGUUGUGGAUUACGUGGAGGUGACAGUCGGGGAGGAGGAUGCCAACUCAGAUAGAUCAGAUAGCUGGAGUCAGGCUGCCCCGGAAGGCGUGGCGGAACUGGCCGAAUCUGACUCCGACUGCGUCCCUGCAGAGGCCAGCCAAGCCUAGACAGGGAAGUCCAUUAGAACUGCUGUGCUGAUCAAGGGGAUGCUCUGUCUUUGAAGAAAGAAGAGAUGGUCCCUCCCCAGCCGUGGGCCACCCUCACCAGUGACUCCAAGUGGAACUACUUAGCUCGUGUGUGCCUGGAGGAUGUGGGAAGCCCAGCGACUCUCAGAUGCACCUCCCAGAGGACCGGUGGGAAUUGUUCAUAGUGCCAAAGUCCUACUACUGCGUUUUCAAUGGGUCCUUGUACAUAGUUUGCUCCUCUGCCCUAGCCCUCACCUCUUGCUAUACUGGAACCGAUUUGUACAAUGUGGGAAUUUUGUUACCUUUUUAAUCAAGGGCAACUUCCUUUUCCAGCACUACCAUUGUAAGGUUUUUAUCAGGAGGGAGGGCUAACCGCCUUGCUUUUCUCUUUUCUCUUUUUCUUUUUUAAUUUUUAUUUUAUUAAUUUGGGGAAGGGGUGUUAGUAUUAGUGCCAUGAUAUCUACUGGAUUUUAAGUAGGGAGAAUUUGUUUUUAAAGGUAGGUUGAAAUUUGGGAGAUUUCUCAGCAGGAAGGGCUGAAAUCUAUGCCUCCGUCUCAACUUGGAGAGAGGUAACAGACACUAGACCUUCCAAAUCAAAUUCCUUUCCAGUUCUUCCCCUGGCUGCCCUUUCAGGGGGUCCCUGCCUUAGUCCCACACUAGGCUUUCUGAACUGCCAGACUGGGCCCAGCCAGCACUGGGAGAAAUGGGUAACAGGUGGCUGACUUCUUUAAGCACCUUUCUAAAAACCAGCAGAAGAGGCUCCCACCUCUAUGAGCAUGGUCAGUACUCUUGGGACAUUAAAACAACAAGAUCUUCCUAUCUGGAGGGUACAAAGGUGAACAGCUUUGCUUUUCAUUUCUCUUUUCACUGCCUUUUCUCGGUGUGGUAUUUGACAAGAUUUCAGCUCAAAGCCUCACCAUGAAUUGAUUUUUUGUUUGUUUGUUUGCGUGUGUGUUUGUUUUGGGGACAAUUUUAGAUACCUGAGUGCACUUUUCUUCAGUUAGUCCUAACUUUUAAGGAAGGAAAACCAAGAGACCUAUCUGGUGUACAUGUUGCAAUAUGAAUUCUGGUUGCAAUCCCUCCGCCCUCCCAUUCUGCCCCCCAUUUGAGUACACCACAAGUCAAAUGCUAGGAAGUUUGAAUAAAACCAAUUUUUCUAACUUGUUGCUCAUUUGUUGUAACUCAAUAAAGCAAAGACUAAACAUUUUUAUAAC